AUGGGUAAGCGCCGGCGAACGGAAAUAGCCGAGAUCGCCGACCCGGCUGCCCGGCUCGUGACCUACUCCAAGAGGCGCAAGGGCCUCUUCAAUAAGGCCUCCCAGCUCUGCCGCCUCUGCGGCGCUCGCACCGCCGUCCUUGUCUUCUCCCCCGCCGGCAAGCCCUACUCUUUCGGCGACCCAUCGGCCGAUGAGAUUAUUGGCGACUACCUCCGCCACAGCGACUGCGACGGCGACGGCGACGUGACCCCGCCGAUGGGCCUGACCCAGUGGGCGGACUGGAUGGAAACGGAGUGGGAGGCUUGCGCAACCGAGGAGGAUCUCGAGUCCCUGAUCUUGAAGUACGAAGCCGUCCGCGACUGCGCGCGCGAUAAAUUGAAAUCUUUGGAGGAGGAAGCAUCCCAAGUCGGGGUCGGUGGCGGCGAAUCUCGCAUUCUGAGCGCGGAGGAGAUUGAUGCGCUUUUCGAGGGUUUAGGCCAAUGGCCAGCGCUCUCAGAUCUCUUGACGGACGGCGACGGCGACGGGCAACGGCGGCGGCAACUUUUUGGAGCGGCGUCGACCCCCACGAGCUCCGAUCUUGAGUAUCAAGGGUUUGAUCCGGACGAGUUGCUGAAUCUAUCGGAGGACGGCGACCUUGAGGAUAAUGGGUUUGACCCGGAUGGGUUCCUGAAUCUGUUGGAGGACGGCGAGGUGGACGGCGGCCGGAAAGGUCCCUCGACUUCGCCGGAGGACUCAGCUGUCGGCGGUGGAUUCAAUGCCGACGACUUCUUUGGACUUGGAGAUCUGCAUGUCCUGCUGUGA